CACUGAUGCUCAAUGAUGGCGGAUAGUGCGAGUGAGAGCGACACGGACGGAGCCACCCCUCAGUGCUCCUUAUCCUCAUCCUCCUCCGUCCUCAUCUCUCCCUUCCGUCUGGAGGAGUUGACGAACCGCCUGGCCUCCUUACAGCAGGAGAACAAAGUCUUAAAGAUCGAGCUCGAGACGUUUAAACUGAAGUGUAAAGCGCUACAGGAGGAGAAUAGAGACUUGCGCAAAGCCAGUGUCACCAUACAAGCAAGGGCAGAACAAGAAGAGGAGUUCAUCAGUAACACCCUGUUCAAGAAGAUUCAGGCCCUGCAGAAAGAGAAAGUAACACUAGCCGUCCACUAUGAGAAGGAAGAGGAAUUCCUCACCAAUGAACUCUCACGAAAACUUAUGCAAUUACAACAUGAGAAAGCCGAACUGGAGCAACACUUGGAACAGGAGCAGGAGUUUCAAGUGAACAAACUUAUGAAGAAGAUCAAGAAGCUGGAGAAUGACACAAUCUCCAAACAGCUCACAUUAGAACAGCUCAGUCGUGAAAAGAUCGACUUGGAAAACACAUUAGAGCAAGAACAAGAAGCUCUAGUGAAUCGGCUUUGGAAGCGCAUGGACAAACUGGAGGCAGAAAAAAGAAUUCUACAGGAGAAGCUUGACCAGCCUGUCUCUGCCCCUCCGUCCCCCAGGGACAUCUCCAUGGAGAUUGAAUCACCUGAGAACAUGAUGCGACACAUUAGAUUCCUCAAGAGUGAGGUGGAGAAACUGAAGAAGAACCUGCGCACCGCAGAGCUACAGCAUACAGAGAAUAGGGCUCAGUACAUAGAAGAAGAGCGGCAUAUGCGUGAGGAGAACAUCCGACUGCAGAGGAAGCUUCAGAGGGAGGUAGAGCGCAGAGAGGCCCUGUGCCGGCAGCUGUCUGAGAGCGAGUCCAGCCUGGAGAUGGAUGACGAGAGGUAUUUUAAUGAGAUGUCUGCUCAAGGCCUGCGUUCACGAACUGUAUCCAGUCCCAUACCCUACAGCCCAUCACCGAGCUCCAGCAGACCCAUCUCACCAGGGUUGUCAUAUGCCAGUCACACAGUGGGCUUCACCCCGCCCACCACACUGACCCGAGCGGGCAUGUCCUACUACAACACGCCCGGCCUGCACGUCCAUGUAGGAGCUUCACAUGGAAUCACAAGACCUUCCCCAAGAAGAAGCAAUAGUCCGGACAAAUUCAAGCGUCCUACACCACCGCCUUCCCCCAACACGCAUGCUGUUGUGCAGCCACCACCUCCCCUUCCACCCCCUGUGCAUCCAGCAUCAUCCCAGGCAGCUCCAUCGCAACAGCAACGGCCCCAGUAGUCCUCGCAGCCACUGAUCAAUGAGCCAUCAGAAAGGACUCAAAAAAGAGCUGAUUUACUGACCCUUACCCUCUCUCCCCCCCCCAACUAUUAAUCUGUGUUGUGUUCAUAAAAAUAUGUUUGGAUGCAUUGAUUGUGUCCAUUUGACAUGGUGAUUGGGGUGAUGGCAUACUCCUCUUAGAGGGUUGCUUUUGAGGCAGGAGAAUGGAGUAACCAUUCCUCUUUGGGAUAUUGCACUGUUCUGUCAUGAAAACGAGACUUAAAAGGCUGUUUCACUCAAAUAAAUAUUCUGUCAUUAUUUACUUACUCGGUCAUUGAAAACCUGUUUGAAAAACACUAUUUUGCAUCCAUCUACCCCAUUUAAGGAAAAAAAAUAUAUCUAUUUUAUGUAAACAUGCUCUAGACCAGUGGUUCACAACCCUAGUCCUGGAGUACCCCCCACACUCUUAUUUGACACCCAAUUCUGAACCUCUACUUAUGAGCUGAUGAAUCAGGUGUGUUAGAAAAGGAAGAACAAAAUGUGCAGUGUUCGGGAUACUCCAGGACCAGGGCUGGGAUCUACUGGAGAAAAAAAAAAGGUCAAAGAUGUCAGGAUAUAGCAGUGACUCAUGCAGGAGUGCCAUGUUUAAGACACCAUAUCUGGUUAUAAGAACAAGACAUCUGCAUUCUAUUCCAUUCAUUCACAUUUUUAUUUUGGCAGAAGAACAUGUACAGUCUGAACAGCCCUUAAUAUCCCUGGAACACAAAAAAUGCAAUUUUGAAGAAUGUUGAUAAUGAUGCGUUCUUAUACAAUGAAACUGACAGGUUACUUAAACUACAGGAGAGUGAGUAAAUAAUGCUAACAUUUUCAUUUUUUAGUGAGCUAUAGCUUUAAAAUUUCAGCAACUUCACAUUGCAUUGACAUCAGUGUGUCAAGCGUACAAUCUAUGUCCAAAACUCUCUUAGAAAUUGCUUUGUUAAAUUAUAUGGACAAAGUAAAUUGGCUGGUUGACACAUUAAAAGUGUCAACCAGAGUGGACCAGUAGGACAUUCCAGAAAGCCGCUGGAGGGCUUCAGUGUUCUUGAUGGAUUGUGGUCAAAGCAGCUAAUAGCCUUUUAUAGAUAUUAAGAAGCUCUGGUGUCGGCAAUCGUUUGCCUGAUGACGGUCUGACAUUCUCUGUUAAAUAAUUGAUAAGCAAGUGUCUCUGAAAGCAAAAAAAGGAAUCUUUCUAAUCAGACAGCCUGCUUAUACAGCAUUAUGCAUUUCACAGUCACCUGGUUACCUUGCCUUGCAAAUUGUAUUCAGAAAGCAAGACAGCAAAAUAUAUUAACCAUGCACAGAAAUUCUGGUGAAAAUACUUUGCAUUAAUGAAUGAAUUUAAAAAAGACAUGUCUGGGCAUUAUUUCACCCCAAAAUCAAAAGGGUGGAAAAACAUUAUAUUUUGCAUAAAAAAAAAAAGCCUAUUUGUAGGACCAUUAGGAUUUUUGCACUGUGACAUUUUUGUGACGACUAUGCCCAUAUACCCCCAAAAUUCUGUCUGGACAAAUGCUUUUUUAUUUUUUUAAAUCUGCAUACAGUUAAUUCAGUACAAGAAAUGUACUAUACAAUUUAAAUAUAAAAUAUUUUUUCUGCAUUAUAUUAGGGUAUGGAACUUGUGGUGCGCUUUUCUUUAAGUAAAAUUGUUAUUUAUUUUUUGACCCAGACAUUGCUUGAGAAGUGUUGUAAGAUUCGGGUGAGAACAUCAGCUCACUUUAAGAUAAGAUGACUUUGUCUUUUGCGGCUGCUGCAUAUGUGCUGCAUUGUUGGUAUCUGCUAGACUUCAAUCCUCCGAAAUGCUCCUAAAUUGGCCCCUUUUUAAUUUCAGCUUAACACUUUAAAUGUAAAAUGAAAUGGUGUGGAUUACAAAGAGACUGACGUGUGCAGAGGGUGUAUUUUUUUUUUUUUUUCUAACGAAGUAUUACAUUGUUUCGGCUAAACUGUUUAGUACCAAUGUGAUUUCUUUUUUUUUUUCAAAAUAUUUUCAAUUUCAUAAAUGGAGUUGGAGCAUGUGUAAAUAGUCUUCACUUUAUCUCCCUGUGUGAAUAGGCUCAAGUUAACAAAUAAAUCUGAGUUGAUGCAGCUAAACAUGUCAAACAAGAGAACAUAAGGAAGUACUCUAUAUUAUGAUAAUUAAUUGAUUGCAGAUUUACUGAAGAUCAAAGCAAACCAGUAAAUAAUUUACAGGGAUCCAAGCAGUUCCAAAGUGGUUAAGACUUUGGGGUGGGUUAGCUCUGGCCUGAUAGAUGCUGUAGGUGUACAUAUUGCCCUUUGUGUUCAUAAUAACACUGUCCUUAAACAUCACUGUUCUUGUUGCACUGUGCAGCAUGGCAUGAGGGGUUGUCAUAUUAGCUUCAGGUUGUGUCAGUAAAGGCUUAUGUGACUGUUUAUUUCUAUCAUUUCUUUACUAUGUAUUUUUGAAAGCACAAUUUUCUAUAGCGUUCUUCUGAGAACCUAGAAUGUUUAAGGUUUCAUUUUGGUUUACCUUUUCUUUUGUUACUCCAAAUAUUCAAUUCAUUGUAUAGAAGAAACUAAUACUAUGUUUUACCAUUAUAUACACUCACUGAGCAUUUUAUUAGGAACACUAUGGUCCUAAUAAAGUGCCCGAUAUGGUCUUCUGUUGUUGUAGCCCAUCUGCCUCAAGGCUCGACAUGUGCAUUGUGAGAUGUUGUUCUGCUCACUACAAUUGUACAGACUGGUUAUCUGAGUUACCGUAGCCUUUGUCAGCUCGAACCAGUCUGGCCAUUCUCCGUUGACCUCUCUCAUAUACACCAUUCUGAAGAAAUUCUAGAGACUGUUAUGUGUGAAAACCCCAGGAGAUCAGCAGUUACAGAAAUACACAAACCAGCCUGCAAAACAGUCCUGCUAUGGUCAAAAUCACUGAGCUUACAUUUCACCCCUAUUCUUAUGGUUAUUAUGAACAAACUGAAGCGUCUGACCCGUUUCUGCAUCAUUUUAUGCACUGCUACCAUACGAUUGGCUGAUUAGAUAAUAUCAUGAAUCGGUGUAAAGGUGUUCCUAAUAAAGUGCUCAGUGAGUGUUUGUCACAGCAGAUUUCAGCUUUACCAGAGCAUGUUCUGUUUUCUGUAUACCUUUUUUUUUAUAGACUGUUGACAAAUGAAUGUAAUGUUUGCUCAUUUUACUGCUAUCAUUAAUGGAUGGAACACCUUUGAGCCUUAACUCACUGUGGUAUUGCUAAAUGUAACAGUUGUCUAGUUUAUAUCCCAACAUCAGAUUAUUAAAGUCUUUAUACAGGGUUCAUACUGUUAUUUGUUUGUCAAAAUACUGGUAUGAAUGCUGGGCUGUUAUAAAUUAUUGCAUCAUUGUAAAGUAAGAUAAACAUAAUGCAUUAUGUAAUUGUAUGGUAAUUAAAACAAUAAUGGAGAGCUGAAAACCUCAAAUCAGUGGGGGAAAAAAUAUAAUGACCCUACACCAGGGAUUCCAAACUCUUUCUACUUUGGUCCAGAUGCUAAAAGAAAUAAGGUGUCACAGGCCACACGGUUGUAAUAAUAAUAAUAAAAAGGUUAGAGGCCACUAUUGCAUCAUCUUUACAUUGUAUGGUUAAUAUUAUGCCAGUUUUAAUCACAUUUUUUGUUAAU